CAUCCCGUUAGAUUCACUGAAGUCUGGUUAAUCUGUGACCGGACACAAGCGGACGCAACAUAUAAAUUGGCGCAACAACAACAAUAACUUGUCAUCUACAAGCAUGAGCGUCAUUAACUUGGGUCCAGACCCAAAUCUGGUUUAUCAGCCAAACCGAACACCUAAAUCCCAAAGGAAAGAUUUCCGAAACUUUGAGACGGGGAGUGUUGCCGAGCAUGUGUACAACACAUACAAGCUGAUGCACACUAACCAGAAUGUGGACUUUGUCAAGCGAAAGCACUUGGAAUGGAGCGGCUGCAGCCACACCGAAAUGUCCAUGAUGGACGCCGUCAUGUCUCUUGACCAGCUGGUGGACGAAUCUGAUCCAGACGUGGACUUUCCCAACUCCUUCCAUGCCUUCCAGACGGCCGAGGGCAUCCGCAACGAGCACCCAGACAAAGACUGGUUCCAGCUAGUGGGUCUGAUUCAUGAUGUUGGGAAGGUCAUGGCGCUGUGGGGGGAACCUCAGUGGGCCGUGGUUGGUGACACAUUCCCUGUGGGCUGCGCGUUUCAAAACUCCAUUGUGUUCCGAGACAGCACCUUCCAGGAUAACCCGGACGACACAAAUCCCAGCUACAAGAGACUCACCAUUUUGUUAAAGUUGACGUACUUUUCAUGCAUUGUUUUCGUCAGCUCGAAAUAUGGAAUCUACAAACCAAAUUGCGGGCUUGACAAUGUGCUUUUGUCCUGGGGUCAUGAUGAGUACCUUUACCGCGUUCUCCAGUUCAACAAGUGCAGCAUCCCCGAGGAGGGCCUCAACAUGAUCCGCUACCAUUCCUUCUACCCUUGGCACUCCCAAGGUGACUACAUGUACCUGUGCAACGACAAAGAUCUGCGAAUGCUGCCUUGGGUUAACGAAUUUAACAAAUUCGAUCUCUACACAAAAGCAGCUGAGCUGCCUGACGUGAAGAAGCUGUGUCCAUACUACCAGUCACUGAUUGACAAAUACUGUCCUGGGAUACUGAAAUGGUGAAAUGGCGCCACGAGAGCUAUUCAUUCACUACCAAACAGCCCAUUACGAAUUUCCAAUAUGUAGUAGCUGUACGUAGUUUUUUUGUGAAAAACAUGAAUGAGUGCUUGGAUGAAAAUGACUUUCAGGACAAUCAUUUAUUGUAUUUCAAUACUGUAU